AUGCAUGGCUUAAUCUUUGAGACAAGCAUAUGCUACUGGCAGGAUCAACCAGGUAGGGGAAAGCGCGAGCACACGGAGCCGGGCGUGCCGGGGCGCGGGGCGCGGGGCGCGGGCGACGCGGCGGGGCCGACCCCCCAGAGCGAGGAAGGGGGGGAGGCGGACACCGGGGCCCGACCGACAGCCCACACUCGGGACCACGAGGGGGCGCGGCGCGCCGCCGCGGCAGCGCGGCGUGGAGGGACGAGGCGCGGCCCGCAACCUCGGCGGCCCGAGAGCGGGGCCGCGGGCACCGGGAAGUCGCUCGGAGGCCGGCCGGCACGUGCCCGCUCGCUCGCGCUCACUCGCUCGCGCGGACGGGGGCGGCGGGGCUCGGGCCGAGGCCCGGACACCCCCCCCUCCCCGCCCGCCCGCCGGGGAGCGGGGCGGUGCGGACACGGCGGCCGGUCCACGACGGCUGGCCGGGGACCCAACAACCCGCGCUCGGGCGAGCGCGCCGGGGCGGGGCGCGGCGGGGGGACAGACGGCGGUCCCCCCUCGCCCAACACGCAACGACGUCGGCGGACGGGCGGCGGCGGCGGAUCACGGAGCGGAGCCGCGGCAGGCUCGGGAAGCGAAACACACCGGGACACGGCCCGGGGGUCGGCAGACGCGGCAGACCAGGCGGGUGGACGGACGGGAGAGAGGGCCGACGAGGCGCGGCUGGCUCGGCCACCGUCGCGCAGACGCAACGACGACGACGUCACAGAAGCCGUGGCGGGAGGGGGCGGCCGCGCGCCGCCGCGAGGGGGCCCGGGGGCCGUCCUAAGGGCCCGGACGCGAUGGCCCCCCUCGCGGGGCUCGCGACCACCACCGCCAAACACCCACGAGCCGCGGCCGGCCCGCGAGAACACUCUCCCGCGCGCACACCGGCCGCCCCGCGGACCCCACACACACCUCCACCGCGCCCGACUCCCCGCCUCAGGAACCGUGAGCACUCCACCCGGGGACGCCGCCGGCCGAGGCGGCCGGGGGGGCGACACCCUCACGAGGGCGAGGACGGCUCGGUCCCAGACGGAGAAGGGGACGCGGGGGUGGGGGCGGGGGAGGGCCGGCGGCGACGGGGAGGGGGCGGCACGCACACAGGGCGAGGGCCGCGGGGCAGAGGCGCGGGGCGCUGCCCAGGGAGAGGAAGGACCGAGACACGACCAGGCCACCAGGAAAACAAGCGCGGGGUCCCACCGCCACACACACGAGGGCGGUCCCACGACGCCUGAGACGCCGGCCGGCCCCAGCCACCCUGGGGCCUCCCCACGACCCGGUCCCGCCGCCAGGGCCCGCGUGCGACGGUCUCCCCCGCGUGCCACGGAGGGACCCGUCCACCCAAACUCAACCCAUCCGUCCUCGCCAGAUCCGCCUUCAUCCAAGUCCGACCCCCAGGGGCUCGCGCCCCAGGGAAACGCUCCCGAGCGAGGCGACCCGCACCGUGCCCACACACCGCCGCCGGCUGCGACUCGCGGUGAGGGCAGGCGCGACGGGCUCCUCGUGGCUGCGGGACUGGGGAGCCGGGACGUCCGGGCGUCCCCGCCCCCUUGGGCUCACCACGGGGGUCACCGCACGCGCACGCACACGCGCACGCGCGGCCCCGCGCCGGACGCCGGCCUGGCGGGACCCUCCCCCGACUCAGAGGGGGGAGGCGCGGGCCGCGGUAGGCAAAGAGCGGCGCACGGCCCCACCGCGGGGCCGGCGCAGGCCCUCCCGCGAAGGCGAGGGGCUCUGCCCACGUGCUCUGGCAGUCGCCACCAUGGCCACUGCACGCUUGGGAGGGGCAGCGGCUGGGGGGUCCGGUACCCCAAGGCUCCCUCUCGGAUCGCUAGAGAAGGCUUUCUCACCGAGGGUGCAUCAUCCCCCACCCAUCGUCUCCCCUUUGGGCCCACGGAGGCGCGCCACGAGCCACCAAGUCCACGACUGGGCGUGGGGGGGUCUGCGCACACCCGUGGGAGGACGACCGCGACGAGGCGGCACCCGGCCCCCACCGAGAGAGCCACUCGGGACACACCACCGCGGUGGGGACCCAAGGAGCACGCUGGGAAAAAGGGAACGACACCACCACUCGGCCUCGGGCACCUGAGGGACAACCUGGAGCGCUCCAGGGGCACCACCGACGGCCAAGCAAGGCACGCUCACGCGCCAGCAGGGGCGCGCAGCGCAGCGGCGGAACGGCCCCCCACCGACGCGGGGAGGACCGCUCGCGAGGCACACGCCAAGGAGGCGAAGCGAGAGUGUCUGCUGCGUCCGAGGACCACGGCCCCGCCCACGCCGAGAGCGCGACAUCACCACAUCGAUCAGUCAAUCCAGCGAGCCAGGGGCCAGAAAGCCCCGAAGGGGAGGGGCACGGCAACAGUGGCCGACGACCCCGUGAGGAGAACGCCUGACACGUGGCACGGAGCCUGCGGGGUGGGGUCGUCUCAGCCACCACCGGGUGCCUGCGGCGGGGGAGACCGGAGGCGGCACCGCGGGCCGGGUCAGCCGGGCGCACACACGAGAGCCGGCGCGCAGGCCCAGGCGGGCGGCUCAAGUGGCAAGGGCCGGUUCGGGCGCCAGACGGCGGUCCCAAGCCCAGAGCCCUGCGCGCGUCCGGAGUCCCAAAGUCCUCAGCGACAGACGCCAGGGAAGACCGUGUCAGCACCUAUCUGGUGGCAAAAAAGGCCCAUUUCGGGCGAAAAUAAUCACGGCGCCGGGCAGCGGGGCCCAUCCACGAAUCGCAGGGGGGAUCCCCGGGACCUCGGUCCCGCCACCUGUCCCCAACACUUCCCCAUCCACACCAGUCCCGGAGCUCUCUCGGGGCCAUCUGGUCGACCCGAAGAGCGUGGCGGCAAAGUGGGGCGGGGCGGGAGGGGCGGGACAACGUGGGAGAGGCAGCGAGCGGGCCGGGGUCGCCCUCCCCGGUUCGCCCGCGCGGUCAGGUACCGGUCCCUCCGAGUCUCCGGGCGGGCGAGGACUUGGUUAAAGAAAAAGAAAUAUCCCACUCGGCCGCCUCCGACGAGCGGGCCCCACGAGGGACCGCGCCCGGGCCCAGGCCGCCCUAUCCGGGCCACCCAGUACGGCUCUGGCCGGUCCCCACCCCACCCCCACCCCCCCCGGCCGGGACUCGCGGUGGAGGAGGGGGCGGGGCAGGGUGAGAAAAAGUCGCGUCCGCCGACCGGGACCCACGUGGGCACGCUGAAGGGCCGGGUGCUCCCUCCCCGGCCACCCGCGCGAGCAGGGCCCGGUCCGUCCACGUCCCCGGACCCAGGGGGACUUGAACACAUUUUCCCAGGGAGGCGCCUCCCAGACGACCGGAGCGCACGAGGGACCGCACCCGGGCCCGUGCCGGUCUCUCCGGGUCACCCCCUCGCGGCCCAGGCCGGUCCCCACCUCUGGAGUCCGACUCGGAAAAACAUCGGUCAGAAAGAAUCCGACCACCGGGACCCACGCGCGCCCGCCACCGAGCCCGUCGCGCCCUCCACCGGCCUAAACGCACGGGCCCGGGCCGGUCCCCACCUCCGGAGCGGGGCGCUGUGGGGACCGGGGAGGGAGGGGGUGGGGAGGGGGUCGGGGAACGAACGCUCCAAAGGGUGA